AGCAGGAAGUUCUGCUGAAUUUUAGAAGCAAAACGACAGACUCAACUGCCGUUGUUGUACAGACAAGCAGCUUCCACAAAGUUUGAACUUCAGUGCAAUGCCUACAUGUGGAGCAGCAGUGCUUUAAGAGACCAGUUUCUCGCUGUCAUUUUUCAUCCAGCUGAGUGUAUAAAACAAUUGGAAGGAAAGUUGUAGACAGAGAUGAUGUUCCAAGUCAUUAUAGUCCUUAUGUGGUGUGCGGCAUCUGAUGAACAGGAUUAUCCUUUCAGGAACACUUCACUGUCUUGGGAGGACCGGGUCAGUGACUUAAUUGACAGAUUAACACUGGAUGAGAUGGUCUUGCAGAUGGCAAGAGGAGGUGCACGGAAAAAUGCUCCCGCACCACCAAUUGAGCGACUGGGAAUCAAACCUUAUUCCUGGAACACUGAAUGCUUGAGGGGAGAUGCUGAAGCCCCAGGCUGGGCAACAUCGUUUCCACAGGCCCUUGGAUUGGCUGCCUCUUUCAAUUUGGCCCUGAUGUAUCGUGUGGCAAAUGCCACUGGGACAGAAGUAAGAGCAAAGAACAACUAUUUUACUUCUGUUGGAGACUACAGUGACCACACUGGACUGAGCUGUUUCAGCCCUGUAGUAAACAUCAUGAGACACCCACUGUGGGGAAGGAACCAGGAAACAUAUGGUGAAGAUCCUUUUCUUAGUGGACAGCUGUCUACUGCUUUUGUGAAGGGUUUACAGGGAGACCACCCUCGAUAUAUUAAAGCAAACUCUGGAUGCAAACACUUUGAUGUUCAUGGUGGCCCAGAGAAUAUUCCUGAAUCAAGAUUCAGUUUUGAUGCCAAGGUAACUGAUCGAGACUGGAGAAUGACUUUCCUCCCCCAGUUCCAAGCUUGUGUCAGUGCCGGGACCUACAGUCUGAUGUGCAGUUAUAACAGGAUCAAUGGAGUUCCUUCUUGUGCCAAUAAGAAGCUUCUGACAGACAUCUUGCAUACAGAAUGGGGCUUCAAAGGUUAUGUGGUCAGUGACGAGGGAGCAAUUGAAUUCAUCAUGACAAGGCACAAUUACACAACCAGCUUCCUGGAGACAGCCAUUGCUUCUGUAAAUGCUGGUGUUAAUCUGGAGCUGUCUAUUAACCUUCCUGAUAAUGUGUUCAUGAAGAUAUCAGAAGCAGUGGCAAAGGGGAAUAUUACCAAAGAGAUGGUGAAAAAUCGAGUGCGUCCAUUAUUCUACACUCGAAUGCGACUGGGGGAGUUUGACCCCCCUGAAAUGAAUCCCUACCGUGCCCUUGGAAUGGAUGUAGUACAGAAUGAUGAACACAGAAAUCUCUCCUUACAAGCUGCAAUCCAGAGCUUUGUUCUUCUGAAGAAUCUUCAACAAACCCUACCCAUCAGUCGAAAGUACAUCACUGGAAAAACUGUUGCUGUCAUUGGUCCAUUCGCAGACAAUCCAAAAGUUUUGUUUGGAGAUUAUGCACCUGUUCCAGAUCCUCAGUUUGUGUACACACCCAGGAAAGGUCUAAAAACACUCCCAGUGAAAGUCUUAUUUGCAGCAGGUUGCACUGAACCAACAUGCAAGAAUUACUCACCCACCGAAAUAAAAGAGGCGGUCCAGUCUGCUGACAUUAUUAUUGUGUGCCUUGGAACAGGAACUGACAUUGAAACAGAGGGACGUGACAGAAUGGAUAUCGCACUUCCAGGUCAUCAAGAUGAACUACUAAGGGAUGCAGUCAGCUCAGCAUCUGGAAGACCAGUCAUCGUAUUGCUUUUCAAUGCAGGCCCCAUUGAUGUUAACUGGGCAAAAUCUAACAAUGAUGUUCAUGCAAUCAUUGAGUGUUUCUUCCCAGCCCAAACAACUGGCUUGGCCAUAGCCAGAAUUCUGCUGAAUGAAGAUGGUGCAGUUCCAGCUGGAAGGCUUCCUGCUACAUGGCCAUCUCAUUUGGAUCAGGUACCACCUAUGGAGAAUUACAGCAUGGAAGGCCGAACUUAUCGUUAUUAUGGUAACAAGGUUCCUCUUUAUCCCUUUGGCUAUGGGCUGUCCUAUACCACUUUCAUCUACAGUCAGCUGACUCUGUCAACAACUAACAUACCAAUCUGUGGAAACCUCACAGUGUCUGUGCAGGUGCAGAAUUCUGGGAAACAAGAUGGAGAUGAGGUCAUACAGCUGUAUUUACGCUGGGGUCAGGCAUCUGUCACAAUGCCACAGUGGCAGCUGGUUGGUUUCACCCGUGCCACUAUAACUGCUGGACAAAUAAAGAAACUUGAGUUCAAGGUGACUUAUGACCAAAGGGCCAUCUGGACCGACCAGUGGAUGCUAGAGCCAGGAGCUUUUAGCCUUUUUGCAGGAGGACAACAGCCAUUUCAACAGACUUCAACAGGAUCUAAUGUUCUUCAGGCUGAUUUUCUAGUAUCUGGUACAGCACGACGUCUGAUUGAUUGCAAAAACUAGCUGUGUUUCCCUUGUAUUUUAACAAUUUACUGGUGAUAUAAUAAUGUGUGGACAGUAAUGAUAAAAUAUAAUGCUACUGUCGUCUAUCAUGCUGAACAUAUACAAAUAAGAUUCUUCAAGUCUUGUACACGAGUAAAGGACUUAUGAAUUAUACAUUUCCAUACCAAAAAUCAAAAGCUAAUGUGGAGACACUGCAAAGAAAAAAAUAGCACAGCCGUAAAAUACUUUAGUAUCAAGGCUAUUAUCAAACUAAGUAGUCUUGCACCUUGCAUGUAAGUAUGUAUAUAGUACUUAAUAGUUGCAUGUAUGUUAUUUGUCUUGUUCUUAAUAAUUGUAUGUAUGUCAUUUAUGUAAUUCAUACUUGGAGAGUCACUAAAACCAGAGUCAAAUUCCUUGUAUGUGUGCAUACUUGGCCAAUAAAUGUGAUUCUAAUUCUGGUUCAAAAGUAGGGAUGAAAAAUUGGGUAAAAAAAAGUCCUUCAAGUUCUUCAUGAUUGCCUCUACUUCCAAGAUAAUAAAGUGCAGGAAUGCAAUUCCCGUAUAGUGGUCAGUAAUUUCAACAAACUAAAGUUGUUGAUGCAAAUGAAACGUAGCAGAGUGUGUUUACUAAUUUCACUGGAAAUUAUAUGCUUUUUACUGCACAUUUAUGGCAUGUUGGGUGUUUCAGGAGUUUGCAAAAAUAAACUCAAGCAUGAC